CUUAUUUGCUAUUUAAAUACUUGUAAAAAAUAAAAAAAUGAUAUAAUAGAAAUAUAAAUUUUUUAAUCUAGAUGAUUAUGUAAGCUCUUCUUAGCAGUUAUAUUCUCAUCUUGAAUUAGAUUUCAGUUAAAAUAAAAUUGGGUAAUAAGGUUCAUAAUAAUUAACCUAGGCAUUGAAUAACUCUAUUAAUCUCUAAUGUUUGAUAAUAAACCUAAGCAAUAAUUAAAUUGAUGAUAAGGCUGCUUUAAGUAUAUUCUCUUCUUUAAAUAAUUGUACUUAUCUUACUAAUUUGACUAUUAAUCUUGAAAAAAAUGAUAUCCAAUAAUAAGGAGCAUCAAAUUUAGCAAAAGCACUCAUUUAAUGCAAUAAUCUUAAAUCAAUGUCGCUUGACCUUGGAGGCAAUAAAGUUGAACCAUAAGGUGCAUAAAGUUUAGCUUGUGCCCUUGCAAAAUUGGCUAACCUAUAAACUUUGAAUCUAAACCUCUCGGUGUGUACAAACAAAAUUGGCGAUGAAGGUGCAUUGUUAUUAGGUAAUAAUUUAGCAAAUUGUCAAAAUCUCUCCAAUUUGAAACUAGACCUUAGGGGAAACUUAAUUGGACAUAAGGGUGUAGACAAUUUAGUUACAGCCUUAGCUAACUGCUCAAAGCUAUAAACUCUGAGCCUUAUAUUGGGACACAAUAGAAUAAAUGAUGAAGCUGCUUCUUGCUUAGGUUCAGCUUUAGUAAAAUUCACUUAAAUCUAAAACUUGAGACUUAGUUUAGAUUGGAAUUAAAUCACUGAAAAAGGGAUAUAAAGUCUAUGCUAAUUUUUGGUUAAUUGUACUAAUCUAUAAAGCUUAAAUCUACAACUUGAUUAAAAUAGAAUAAAUGAUAAAGGUGCUUCAAUUUUAGGUUCAGCUUUAUCAAAAAGCUCUAACUUGUAAGCUUUGAGUCUCUUUCUAACGUUUUGCUCUAUAUAUGAUGAAGGUUUAUAAGAUUUAAGUUUAGCCUUUACAAAUUGCUUGAAUCUUUCAACUUUAAAACUUGGACUUAGCUGGAAUGAAAUUACUGAAAUAGGUGUCUCAGAAUUAGCUAUAGCUCUUAAAAAAUGCACAAAUAUAUCUACUUUUGAGCUUGAAUUAUACAAAAAUUCAAUUGGUGAUGAAGGUUUAUCAAAAAUAUGCUCUGUUUUAAGCUAAUAUACAAAGCUCUCUAAUUUACGACUCUGGGUUCAAAAAAAUAAUAUUAGUGAUUAUGGCGCAUAAUAAUUAAUGCAUACAAUAAAGAACUGCACAAAGCUUUUAUCUUUGGACCUUUUUCUUUACAACAAUAAUAUUAGUGAUAGUCAAAAAUUUGAAUUGAAAACUAAAAUUUGUAAGCUAAGAAGGCUAUUAAUUAAAUCGGUGUUACUAUAUUGAUUUAAAAAAUAUUUUUUUUAAAAUUAUUCAUAUUGAAAUAUAAUCAAAUAGUUAGUAAUUUGUACUAAAUAUAUAUUUUUUAUAUGUUAUUAAAAUUAAAGUUACCCAAA